AUGACAGACAUAACCACCAUAUUGCAAAAUCCCGUUUCCCUCUAUUUUCUCGGAGUCAUUCCAGCUCUCUUUGUUGUCGGAGAUGCACCUUUUUCAACUCUUACCUCGAAAAUUCUGCACAUAUUAGUGUGCCUCGGUUGUCCAUUCACGCCCUUGUUUUACUUCCUCCACAUUAAAACUGGUGUAGGUGAAGGCGGCGAAGUAAUCCCAGACAGUUGCGCAUACUGGCUGCCAAAGGAUAAAUUUCAAUUCCGUGUUCCAAAUCGUCCGGAAAAUAACAUUGUGAAUAUCUGGCCAUUUGGAUAUAAGAUUAAAGGUCUUGACUUUACUAAUGUUCCCAACAUUAAAACACGCCUCAUGGAAUGUGUGACAAACGUAUCUUUUCUGGAUCGAUUUGCGUGUUUUGUAUCAGGCUACUUUAUCUUUGUCGGUAUCAUUAUCGGAAUAUACAGAGUUGUGGGACCAUGCCAACAACAAGACUGGCCGGCUAUACCAUUGUUAUUAACCUGGACGUUGCCCAUAUUAGUGCUGAGGGUCUUGAAAGGAAAAGUAGUAGUCAGAGAUCCCAGAGAAGCAUUAAAAUUAGUAGAGGGAAAUAUUUAUUUAGAACGCCUUGCCGAAGAUAAAACCCGAGAUAUUAGAGGAAAAGUUUUGGCUACAUUGCUGAUAAGCAUCGUCGUCCAUUGGAUGGUUGUGGUUCUCACCUAUUAUACAAAGCCAGUAGGAUUCGGGUGCCGCUCAAUAGGACUAGCUGUGGUGGCGGCUAUUUGGAGUUUCAACAGCAUUCUAUGCUUUGUAUAUUACUAUCUGUUCAACCACCCCCCACCAGGAGUGGAUGCCAGUCCCGUUUAUCUUUGGGUAUGUACUUGUGGAGUGGCAGUUGGAGCUUUUUUCAUCUUUUUUGGUGUGAUUAGCAAUAAUUCGUUGUGGUGGGUGAUUAUGUUUGGAAAUUCGUGUGACGUUUCAUCUUGUUUGGAUAGUGGUAGCGUGCAGUCAUAA